CCCGCGGCGGCGGCAGCAGCGUGUGGCGGCGGCGCUCGUCCUGAUUUACGGCUCUGCUGAAAACGGCUCCUGCCCCCGCACCGCCACGGCAACAAGUCCCGUAAGUGCCGCGGAGCGGGGCGGCGAUCUUGAGGCCGGUUGUGGCCCUCGCCGAACCAGGGCCCGGUACCGGUCCCACUCCCAUUCCCAUUCCCUGUCCCGCUCCGCCGCGGCAAGGCCCGGGCGGCGGCUGAGGCGAGCGGAGCUGCGUCGCUUGGCCGGGGCCUUGUGUCUGGCCGCGCGUCCCCGGGCGGGCGCCUCCCCCGUUGGCUAUGGCGAGAUCCCGCUGAAGAUCCCUGGGAAACUUUGCCAAGUUCCCCGCGGGCCUGCCCGGCUGCCCCGACCCCGGGCGGCCGUGGAUGCGGGCGGCUUCUCCCGGCCAGGGCCCGGCGAGGAAUGCAACAGACGGCCCGGGAUGAAGGCAGGCACCUCUGGCAGGAGCCGCUCGGCAGCGUCAGCCUUCCCUUCCGCUGCCCGCGAUGUGGCGACCACACCAGGUUCAGGAGCCUCUCCUCCCUGCGGGUGCACCUGGAGUACAGCCACAGCUACGAGGAGAGAAGCCCCCUGGCCAAGAGCAGCUUCUUUUUACCCCUGAAAGACGCGGAGCUGAUCUCCCCACCGGACCCUGCACCCCAGGGCAGCCUGGGGAGCCCCAGCAGCGCCAUACAGCAGAAAGGGCCCUACCUGAGUUUUCUAGGCGAUGCAUCCUGCGAGAGCACGAAGCGCGGGCAGCCUCUGGAGGUGGAAGCUGAACGGCCCGUAUCCUGCGUUGCAAGCUAUGUGUCGCCCGACUCUCCCAGCGAGCAGCUUUCUAAACCGGGUCUCCCGGCCACUGACUCCAAAGCCUCCUUCGAGGAACAUGUCAGAGAAAAGUUUAACAGGAUGGUAGAGGCCGUGGACAAAACAAUUGAGAAGCGAAUCGACAAGCUUACCAAAGAGCUGGCGCAGAAGACGGCGGAGCUGCUGGAGGUGCGGGCAGCUUUUGUGCAGCUGUCCCAGAAGAAGCAGGAGGUGCAGCGGCGGGAGCGGGCCCUGAGCAGGCAGGUGGAUGUGGCAGUGGAGAUGAUAGCGGCCUUGAAGCAGCGCCUCACCGAGUCCGAGGAGGAGCUGCACCGGAAAGAGGAAGAAGUUGUUACUUUCAACCACUUCCUGGAAGAAGCAGCAGAAAAAGAAGUGCGGGGAAAGGCCAGGCUCCAGCAUUUCAUCGAGAAUCUGUUGCAGCGUGUGGAUCUGGCAGAAAGGCAGCUAGAAUACUACCAAAAUCAGCAGAUGGUGUGCAACCACACCGAUGUCAGCGAGCACGUGCUUACAGACAUUUCGUUAAAUAAGAAACCCAGAUGCCUGAGCCGAGGAAGUCAACACGCUUCAUAUAACAUUCCUGAUGCAAAGCCUCAUUCCUUUCAAAAAGGAAGAAUCUUAUUGAAAAAGACAAAAGAUGAGAAAAACAGCUUGCAGCCAGUGAAGUGCUUCUAUGAACCUAUUGAUUGCUCAAGAGAAAUAUGGAGAGCACAAAAGAAAGGUGAACAAGUCUGCUCUGCCAGGAAAGUGAGCACAAAAUCGAAGAUGGUUAAAAAAGCCAAACCGCUAUAGGAAUGGUUAGCAAUAUAUAGUAACACAGGAGCUUGGCUUCAACUGAACAAAUACUGAAUGAAUUAAUAGUCAUCCUACUUUUUCCUAUCUGGCCAUGCCAAAACAUAUCAGAUAUAAUAUAUAGAAAUAUAUAUAGUAUGGAAGAUUUAUAUUAUUUAGUCAUGCCAUUCCCUCUUUGGGCGCUAUAAGAGAAGGGAUAUUUUAUUCAGUUUACAUGGAGAUUUUUCUGUUUAUUUAUUCAUUUAUUUAUUUAUAGAGCUUGUUUUAAAUGACUCUAGUUACCUUGCUGGGCAGUACUGUGGAUGUAUGUUUUAAUUAUUUUAGUGGCAGCAUGUGGCUUGGUAAUUUAUUUCCAUCUGUGCUGUUGCUGAAGUUCAUAAGACUCCAUUUAAUCGGCACCUAAAUAUUCAGUCUUUCAGUUUAGGUAGGUAUAAGAUCAAUGAUUAACUGUUACCUGCACAGAUACACUUAGAUGCAGAGCAUCUACUUGAGUUCCUUGAAGGCUGUUUAUAGCAGGUAGAUUGCUACCCUUGAUUUUCUGCCAUAGGCCCAGUUGGGUGCAUUUACAUAUUUUAUUACAUACAUAAACCAGCUCAGUCCUUCCAGCAGCUACAUUGUCCAUUGGUACAGGUUUGGGCUGCUCCGGUGUCUCAAGACUAGCUUGCAAAUUCCAGAAGCUUUGUGGCUUUGUUGUAUACCAGCCUCUGGUGUCAGUGAGGAAAUCAGAAGCUGGUACCAUGGCCCUGACAAGCAUGGACUGCAUUGAGGCAAAGGAGAAGUUUCAGUACCAAGCACCAGCAGCAGGUUAUCAGCUGUGGUGCAGCAAGUGAGCAGCUGAAGCAAUGUAUUACGUUGCAUGGUACCACGUUCAAUUCCUAUGCUUGGUUUUAGGCAUGAGAGGCCUAAAAUGGCUAUGAUCAUAACUGAAACCCUCCACAUUUUUAUCUCUGAAGAAUUUUACAGGGCCAAGAGAUCCCUGAAUUUCGACUAAAACCCAAGAACAUGGAAAUUAAGAGAUGACUGCAGGAUGGGAAUGUGCAUGUUUACAUUGCUUUGUGCCAAUUAAAAGGAUCCUUAUUUAUCAGAGUAUAUAUCAAGAUUUUUUGUGUGUACAGCUUUUUGGUAACAUGAAUCCUCAUGCCAUGUUUACAGAUACGAACAUCCUGUUGAUGUUACUGAUGAGAUUUGUUUUCUCAAGUAAAAGAAACGAUAGGUGAGACAAGUCUGUGUAAUUUAUUUUUUAAAUGCUCAUGACAGAUGUAAAUUGUUUAUGUGGAAGGUGAUUUUUACAUGUGUACAAAGAUUUGUGAAAAAUGUUUUUCAUUUUUUAUAACUAUGACUGUAAUCAGAACUGGGUAUUAGAAGACAGUGUAUCACUAGGAUUACUGCUGCAAUAAGCACUUGAGUUGCAAUAUUUUUAAAGCAGAAGAUGACCAAUCAGUCAGCUAGGAUCAAGUAACUACAGAUGUCAUACAUUUGUCAGUGUACAGGACUCCCAGAAAGUAGCAGAGUGAAGAGAGUAGUAUUCCUCACUUUUAUUUUAGCUAUUGUAUAUGGAACAAUCAGAUGUUUAAAGUUUCUCAACACUGUUUCAGUAGAAAGUCACAGUGUAAAACCAGUUCAGGUUUUUAGGUUGUAAUGACAUUUUCAUAUUUAUUUAACUACGUCACAAGGCCACGCUCGGCCUUAUGCUAGGCAUUGUGUGUGGUAAAAAGGAGUUGUUAAUUGUGUUGCAUGGGCUUGGCUCAGAUCAUGUGUUACAACAACUUUCUUAGACAAGCCACAAACUAGAAACAUCCUUGAUUUUUUCUGUUGCUUCACCCAUCCUUUUACAAACCUGAAAAGAAUCACCCUUUUUGAAGAUAAUGAAGGUGAACUUUAGAAAGAUAAAGUAAAAUAUUCAUGUUCCUUUAUCCACUUGACACUGAAAGAAUAUUUUUAUUUUUAAAUGCCUAUCUACGCUGUUAGUCACCAAAGUUAAGUGCAACUACAAGUUCACAAAUGAGAUGUUUAUUUUAUUAUCUAUCACGCCAAAAUCUUGACUGCAAGUUAGCCUUUUGGGGAUGGAAGAGAAAAAGAAAGUGAAAGCAAUUGCAUGUUCUUUAACUUUUCAAAGUCUAAAUCACAGUUACUUGCUGAACAAAUGCCAGGUUAAUUAAUUAGAGAGAAAUUGGAUUGUACUGUAACCCCAGAUAAAAGUUUUUAGAAUAUAAACAUUCUAAUAAUAAAGAUAUAUUUCUCAGUUA